AUGGGGGAGGAAAUGAGAUUGGGGAUUCAUGGCCUCGGACGAGUUCUCUUUGGUUUUGCAAGAAUCGCGAGGUCGCUCUCGGCAUGCCGUCUCCUUCAGGUCGGCAUCACUGACGUCUUCACCGUCCCCGGAGAUUUCAACCUCACUCUCUUCAAUCAUCUCAUUGCCGAGCCUGGACUCACCAACAUUGGCUGCUGCAUCGUCGGAGGCCAUAACUACAACGAUUACGGAACCAACAGGAUUCUCCACCAUACCAUUGGCCUCCCUGAUUUCACUCAGGAGCUGCGUAGCUUCCUCUUAUCAAUUCCCCUCCUCCCUCCAUUUUGGCCUCCUCGCCUCCACCAGGAGUAG